CUUCCAGUGUUGCUCCUGCCAGGAAGGAAGAAUUUUCAGAACCAUAGCAGGAUGUGUGACCAGCAGAAGCAGCAGCAGUUCCUUCCAUCUUGUGUGAAGGGUUCGGGACUUGGAGCUGGGCAAGGUAGCAAUGGUGCCUUGGGGAAAGGCCAGGUGUCCGGCCAGGUUUUCGGCCAAGCUUCAGGUCAGGUUUCAGGCCAGGUUUCAGGCCAGGUUUCAGGCCAGGUUUCAGGCCCAGUCCAAACUGUUUAUGCUCCAGGACCUGCUCUUUACCAGCCUCAAACCAUCGUGAGAUACUCAGCUCCGGUUCCUGCUCCAGUUUACGUGAAGUAUCAAAUUCCAUGCCAGACCAAAACGUACGUGAAAUGCCCAGCUCCCUGCCAGACAUAUGUGAAAUGCCCAGCCCCAUGCCAGACGACCUGUGUGAAGUGCCCAGCCCCAUGCCAGACGACCUGUGUCAAAUGUCCAGCUCCCUGCCAGGCUCAGACUUAUUAUGUCCAGUAUGCAGCUCCUACCCAGACCUACUACACUCAGGCUUCUUCAAGUGGCUCAGGUUCUCAGGGUGGUGUCCCUGAUCCAUGCUCUGCUCCCUGUUCCAUGAGCUACUGUUGUUUGGCUCCCCGGACCUUUGGGGUGAGUCCUCUGAGACGCUGGGUCCAGCGGCCCCAAGGAUGGAACACCGGAUCUUCUGGCUGCUGUGAGAGUUCUGGGUGCUGUGGUUCUGGAGGCUGCAGUUCUGGAGGCUGUGGAGGCUGUGGCUCUGGAGGCUGUGGAGGCUGUGUCUCCGGAGGCUGUGGCUGUGGCUGUGGCACUGGAUGUUGCUGUCUGGGAAUAAUUCCCAUGAGGUCACGAGGUCCUGCAUGCUGUGACAGUGGGGAUGACUGCUGCUGUUAAAUACAAAAGGACAGUUCUGCUUCCAAAAUUUACCUCUUGCUGUACCUUCUGAGCACACCCAUACCCAGCCUCUAUCAGCUUCCCUGGUCCUCCUUACUUUGCCCCUUUAUCAAGGCAUCCUGCCAGAGUUAGCAUAACCCCAGACUGCGGCAAGAAUAAAGCUUCAAAGGCAA